AUGAUUGUGGAGAACUUUUCGCGCAAUUAUGACAGUGAAAAGAAUGAUUUCAAACGUGUUCAGCGCCGACGGCGAAUGGCUAAAGCUUAUGGAUAG